AUGAAAAUUCUCUCAGAAUCCCAAUUAGAGUUCAAGACUUAUUUCACUCAGGUGAUAGAGGAAUUGCAGGACAUAAAGAUUCAAAUAACAAAGUUAAAUGAUUCUUCAGUCAUUCAAGAGCGUGGUAAGCUUCCUGCUCAGCCUCAAAUCACUCCCAAAGGGCAACAUAUGGCACAAACCUCCGCUUCUUUAGAGUCUAAUCUCAAAGGGUUUAAUUCCAUUACUACCCGAAGUGGUCAAAGUACGGUAUCACCAUUACCUAAGACCACUAGUGUACCAAUGCCCGCUCUAGAUGCUGAUGUGCCACAGAACCUUCCAGUAAAGGCGCCCUUUCCUCAAGCUUUGAAAUCCAUUGGGAAGGUACUGGAAAGUCAUAGUGAAAUCCUUGACUUUUUAACACAAGUUAAGGUUAACUUGCCAUUACUUCAUGUAAUUAAGCAAGUACCGACUUAUGCCAAAGUUAUCAAGGAUAUAUGCACUAUCAAAAGGAAGAACCAUGUCAAGAAAACUGCAUUCUUGGCAGAACAAGCUAGUGCGGUGAUCGACUACAAGACAUCGCUUAAAUAUAAAGAUCCUGGUUAUCCCACCAUUUCAUGCCUAGGAGAACUUAAGGCCACAUCUGUGGUGCUACAACUGACCGAUCGAUCAGUUAAGAAACCUUGGGGAAUAGUUGAAGAUGUCUUGAUUCAAAUUGAUAAAUUCUAUUACCAUGUGGAUUUUCUCAUCUUGGACACUCAAUCGGAAGUUAACUUAGAGUCCAAAAUUCCCAUCAUUCUCGGACGACCAUUCCUCACAACAGCAAAUGCUCUCAUCAAUUGUAGGAAUGGUCUCAUGAAAAUCUCUUUUGGGAACAUGACUCUAGAGGUGAAUGUUUUCAACAUUGGUAAACAACCACCUGAUAAUGAUGAGUGUUUCCAAUCAUUUCUGAUUGAUACACUUAUUUUAGAAGAGGUAGAAGCACAAUACACUUCCACUCAUUUCAAUGACCUCUUCGAAAUUUCUGAGAGUUUUGAGUCGGGUAAUACUAAAUUCAACCCUGAAGUCAUAAAUCAAUUACCGACCAAAAGAACCAUGUUUUGGAAUCCAAUCUUUGAGGGACUUCCUCAAGAUAGAGAAACACCAAAACCAUCCACUGUAUAA